AUAUUUUAUUUAAGUGUUUAGUUGUAUUUAUUACUAGCUCUUCACCUGUAUUUGGAAUCAAUCAAUCAUCCACCUCUUUGAUUGAACCCUAGCUAACUCUCUCUCCUCUCUCUCUCUCUCCCUCUGUCUAAAAAGAUCACAAAUUUUCAAUCUUUCAGGUUCAAUUUUCUAUUUGCAUGUUUAUUUUUUUGUACAUAUACUGCUCCAAUUUUUAAUUUUUAUUUUUUAUGUGUGUUUGAUUAAAUUGGAGAUUUAUAGUUAUUUUAGUGAGUUUUGCUUUGCUUUGCCGAUUAAAUUUCUCUUUUUAUAUGAAACUUUUAUUUUAUUUUAUUUUUUUGAUUUGGUUAUAGUAGAGAUUUAUGGUUGAUUCUUAGUGGGUUUUUUGCUGAAAUUUAUUAUCAAUCUAAAUUUCAGUUUUUUUUUUUGAGCUUCAAUUUCCAUGUGCAUGUUUCUAUCUCUUACAAGGAUCUUGCUUCUUUUUUUUUUUUUUUUUGUAGUUUUUGUUUGAUUUGAUUGAUAUGUAUGCCUGAUUUUAUGUAUUUUCAAUUUUUCAGGUUCAAUUUUGUUUCACAAUUUUGCCUCUUAUUGUUUUGUUUUUGUUUUUGGGGUCUUUCAGCUUGAAUUUUUUUUCCCAAGAUUUUGGUUUGUUUGCUGAUUGUUUGUUUUUACCCUUGUUGCUCUCGGUAAUUUGAUCUGGUGGAGUGAGUCCUGGAAUUUGGAGAUUAAAUCAGUAGGGAGCCUAAGUUAGCAUUAAAUUCUCCAAAAGGGACACUUGCUCAAAAUGGAUCAUCAUGGAAAUGGACAGCCUCCAGGUAUUGGAGUCAUUACUAGCUCAGCUCCAGUAUAUGGCGCUCCAUACCAAGCUAACCAAAUGGCAGGGCCAUCUCCUCCUGCAGUUUCAGCUGGCGCAAUUCAAUCUCCUCAAGCUGCUGGUCUUUCUGCUUCGUCAGCCCAGAUGGCGCAACAUCAGCUCGCUUAUCAGCAGAUUCAUCAGCAGCAGCAACAACAAUUGCAGCAACAACUCCAGUCUUUCUGGGCAAAUCAAUAUCAAGAAAUCGAGCAUGUUACAGAUUUCAAGAAUCAUAGUCUGCCAUUGGCAAGGAUCAAGAAAAUCAUGAAAGCCGAUGAAGAUGUUAGGAUGAUAUCUGCAGAAGCACCAGUUGUAUUUGCUCGUGCCUGUGAGAUGUUCAUACUUGAAUUAACGCUGCGUGCAUGGAACCACACUGAGGAGAACAAAAGGAGGACACUACAGAAAAAUGAUAUCGCUGCAGCCAUAACAAGGACCGACAUAUUUGAUUUCUUAGUUGACAUUGUGCCAAGGGAGGACUUGAAAGAUGAGGUACUUGCAUCAAUUCCUAGAGGAACUCUUCCAGUUGGAGGCCCAACUGAGGGUCUGCCAUUCUAUUACGGCAUGCCACCGCAGUCUGCUCCACCAAUGGGAGCUCCAGGGUUGUACAUGGGAAAGCCUGUUGAUCAAGCACUUUAUGCCCAGCAGCCCCGCCCAUACAUGGCUCAGCCAAUUUGGCCCCAGCAGCAACAACCACCUUCAGAUCCUUAAGCAGCUCAAGGCUUAGAUUACAGCAAUCCAGAAGCUAGGAGCAGGGAGUAGUCCGAGUAGCGAAGUACUGGAGAACACACCACAGUGAUAGCAGUUUGCAUACUUUGUACUUUAUUAAUAUAUAGACAUGAAGCACUAGUGUUAUUUAAAAAGUUCAGUGUUCCCAUAGCGUAGCUUAAACUUCAUACCAUGAGCUUGAAGUUUUUGGUGAUGUUUAUGAACAAAUAUGUUUUUAAGUGUGUGUGAUUUCAAGGUAAAACCUGGGUGUAGGUUGCUUAUGUGCA